AUGAGGAUCAGCCACAGGACGCACCAUCAGAACCAUGGCCACAUCGACAAGGACGAGUCAUGGCACCCGAUCACCGAGAAUGUGUACAAGGAGAUGGAGCCAAGCACCAAGAAGCUACGCUUCUCGCUGCCGUACCCGCUCCUGGCUUUCCCUGUCUACCUCUGGUACAGAAGCCCGGGCAAGAACGGCUCGCAUUUCAACCCAAGCAGCGAUUUGUUCAGCCCCAGGGAGAGGCUUGACGUUAUCGUCUCCACCACUUGCUGGUUCACGAUGAUCGCGCUGCUCAUCGCCAUGGCGUGUGCGUUUGGGCCGGUGCCGGUGCUCAAGCUCUACGGGGUUCCAUAUGCUGUGUUUGUGAUGUGGCUCGAUUUGGUGACGUACCUUCACCACCAUGGUCACCAGGACCUCCCUUGGUAUCGCGGCGAGGAAUGGAGCUACCUCCGUGGUGGCCUGACGACCGUGGACCGGGACUAUGGAUGGAUCAACAACAUCCACCAUGACAUUGGCACUCAUGUCAUCCACCACCUCUUCCCUCAAAUACCUCACUACCACCUAGUAGAAGCAACCAAGGCAGCAAGGCCAGUACUGGGAAGAUAUUACCGCGAGCCAGAGAAGUCAGGUCCACUGCCACUUCACCUCUUCCAUGUCCUCCUCAGGAGCUUGAGAGUCGAUCACUUCGUAAGCGAUGUUGGAGAUGUUGUCUUCUACCAAACUGACCCAAGCUUGAAUGGUGAUAACUGGGCGAAAGAUGGCAAGCACAAGUGA